AAAUAAUAAAGCUCAUGAUUAAUAAUUUGUUAUCAGUUUUCAUUUCACUGUCAAGAUUAAUUUCCUCUACAAUCAUCUCCUGAGAAGACGCAUCAAUUUGCAAGACGAAGCUUCGCUUAAUUAUUUGUCUUUUAUCUUUCUUUUUGGUUGCAGAAAUCAAACGCAGUCGUGAAUUUGUGCAAUUGUUGUUAGCAGAGAUACAUAUAUACGUAUACAUAUACAUACAUUUUUGGCGGUGAAGGGGGGAGUUAUGGUGGUGGAGGAGGAGGACAGAGAGCGGCAGACGCGGAAGCGGCGUCGUUUGACGUGGGAUGUUGCUCCCUCGGCACAGACGGAGGAUGAUGAAAGAGAUGCUGGGGAUAAUGAAGAUAGGGCACCUCCAGCUCCAAUGCUGCGGAAACACGUCUCGCCUCCGAAGAGGAAUGACGAUCCCGAUGGGCAUUAUGUGUUCAGCCUCGGCGAAAAUCUAACCCCUAGAUAUAAGAUACUUGGCAAGAUGGGUGAAGGCACAUUUGGUCGAGUAUUGGAAUGUUGGGAUCGACAAACACGGGAAUAUGUGGCUAUCAAAGUUAUUAGAAGCAUAAAGAAAUAUCGUGAUGCUGCAAAGAUCGAGGUUGACGUACUUGAGACACUUGCUAAACAUGAUAAAGACAAUCCAUAUUGCGUGAAGAUGCAUAGUUGGUUUGAUUAUCGCAAUCAUAUUUGCUUAGUCUUUGAGAAGCUUGGACCGAGUUUAUUUGAUUUUCUAAAGAGAAAUAAGUACUCCUCUUUUCCUGUGGAUCUUGUUCGAGAAUUUGGGCGCCAGCUUUUGGAAUCUGUAGCAUAUAUGCAUGAUUUACGGUUAAUCCACACCGACCUGAAGCCCGAAAAUAUACUUCUCGUCUCUGGUGAUUUUGUGAAACUUCCAGUUUGCAAGAAGAUGUCAGAUGAAACAAAUUUCAAGUGCUUGCCAAAGUCAAGUGCAAUUAAGCUGAUUGAUUUUGGUAGUACUGCUGAUGAUACUCAACGGCAUAGCUCCAUUGUCUCAACAAGGCAUUACAGGGCACCUGAGAUCAUACUAGGUUUAGGAUGGUCUUAUCCUUGUGAUAUCUGGAGCAUUGGUUGCAUACUUGUAGAACUUUGCACGGGUGAAGCACUUUUCCAAACACAUGAAAACUUGGAGCAUUUGGCAAUGAUGGAGAGGGUGUUGGGACCUCUGCCUGAGCAUAUUAUUCGAAGAGCAAAAGGUGCUGAAAAGUAUUUCAAACGGUCACGACUCAAUUGGCCAGAAGGAGCAGUUUCCAGAGAUAGCAUCCGUGCAGUAAGAAAGCUAGACCCGUUGAAGAAUCUCGUCUCGAGGCAUGUCGAUUCUUCAAGAUCAGCCCUUUUAAACUUGCUUCAUGGAUUGCUAAAGUUCGAUCCAUCGGAACGCCUCACGCCCCGUCAAGCUCUUGAGCAUCCCUUUUUUAAGGAUCCAUCUUAAAAUCCCUUCUCACGUGUUUUUUUUUUCGAUCUGUUGAGUUUUUCUUCCCUCAAUGUACCUGCAAUAGCAGUGUAAUGUAAUCUUGAUUUUCUUAUGAUAUGGAUUGUGGUUGUCUUCUCUCUUUUAUGACCUAAUAAUGUAAUGAAAAAUAAAAUCUUUCAUUUGAUGUGUAAAUCAAUUUUGUAUUAACUUC